CAGGAGGGAGAUUUCAUUGGAGGGAAGGGGCAGAUGAGAUGUCAAGCUGAACCAGAUCAGCAAUUAACACAAUUAGAGUGAAGAGCUGGCCAUGUAGUGACCAAGCGUAUCAGAAGACAACCUUAAGGGAGAUCAGCGCAGCUCUGCAGUGUAUCUUCCAAGUCUGUUGCUAGUCUACAGUUGCAUGGCUCUAUAUAAUUGUGCUGCGUAAAAUUUGAUACCAGCUGUAGAGUAGAUGGCUCAGCUUCCUCCUGGGAUUCGCUUCAUCACUUUAUUUUCAAGAGAUCAAUGGUAUAGAGCCUUCAUUUUCACUCUCACUUUCUUGUUAUAUGCCAGCUUCCAUCUAUCAAGGAAACCUAUUAGUAUAGUUAAGGGAGAGCUGCAUAAGCACUGUGCUGCUUCACAUGAAGUUGAGCUCAACUCCUACAGAGAAUAUGCUGCCCAGAUUCAGCCUGUCAAAAAGCCAUCUAAUGUGUCUCAGUGUGGUUGGGAGCCAUUUGAUAAGAACAACUACAAGCAAUUGCUGGGCGCACUGGAUUACUCAUUUCUCUGUGCAUAUGCAAUUGGAAUGUAUCUGAGUGGUAUAAUAGGGGAACGGCUGCCUAUCCGGUAUUAUCUGACAGUUGGGAUGCUUGCUAGCGGACUCUUCACUGCAAUGUUUGGAUUGGGUUAUUUCUAUAACAUACAUAAUCUGUGGUUUUACAUAAUGGCCCAGAUAGCUAAUGGCUUAGUGCAAACUACUGGCUGGCCAAGUGUCGUUACAUGUAUUGGCAACUGGUUUGGAAAAGGAAGGAGAGGUUUGAUCAUGGGAAUCUGGAAUUCACAUACUUCAGUGGGAAAUAUCCUGGGAUCCUUAAUUGCUGCUUACUGGGUGUCUACUUGCUGGGGUCUGUCCUUUGUGGUGCCUGGUGUUACCAUUGCUGUGAUGGGGAUUGUUUGCUUCCUGUUUCUUAUUGAACACCCUAAAGAUAUAAGUUGCUCCUGCACACCAUCUAGUAGUUCCAAAGCCUUCCUGAAUGGUGCAAGUCGAUUCAGAGUCCAGAUGCCAACCUUAAAUGCUAAAGAAACCUGCAAGUCUCAGGAUCCAGAGAUACAGCAUUUGCUUAUUGACAGUGAAAGCGGCACCGUGUCACUGAACUCUGGCACUGCAGUCACUGCAGAAGGUAGACAUGGGACAUCAGCUAUCAGCUUCCUUGGGGCCUUGCGAAUACCUGGAGUCAUAGAGUUCUCCCUUUGUCUUCUGUUUGCAAAAUUGGUGAGCUAUACUUUCCUCUUCUGGCUUCCCCUCUAUAUCACAAAUGUAGAGCAUCUCGAUGCCAAAAGAGCUGGAGAUCUUUCCACACUGUUUGAUGUGGGUGGAAUCUUUGGUGGGAUUUUGGCAGGCCUGAUUUCGGAUCGGCUAGAGAAGAGGGCAUCGACCUGCGGAAUGAUGUUAUUGCUGGCAGCACCCACAUUGUACAUGUUCUCUGCAGUCAGUAAAAUGGGCCUUGAGGCUACUAUUGUGAUGCUGCUGAUCAGUGGUGCCCUGGUGAACGGCCCUUACGCACUGAUCACCACUGCUGUCUCUGCUGACUUGGGUACCCAUAAAAGCCUGAAAGGAAAUGCAAGAGCACUGUCCACUGUGACUGCAAUCAUCGAUGGAACAGGAUCUGUAGGUGCGGCUUUGGGGCCUCUCUUAGCUGGUCUCAUCUCCCCAUCUGGUUGGAACAAUGUGUUUUACAUGCUUAUGGUGGCAGAUGCAUGUGCCUUGCUAUUCUUACUACGUCUUAUACAGAAGGAACUCCGGUGUAAUGCAGACUAUACCCUGUUUAAAGAACACUGAGCUAGGAGACCAGACUUGGAAAAAAGACUGUGUAAGUGAUCAGAGCUCUUCCCUGGAAAGAGCUUUGUGGAAUGCUUAAGAGAUUCUACUUGCUGAAGAAUUUUGCACAUUUACCAGAAGCAAUUUGAGGAAUGCAACUGGUAAAUCCCUGAAGCUCUUGUUUUGCACGUGAAUAAGUACCUCAGGAUGGCAACUAUUCAUCAGAUGGAGAGACAGCAACUUUGGGAAGCCGCUAGCAGAGCGCCUCACCUGAGCCAAAGAGAAAUACCAAGUGCCUUUUGUUUCUUUUGAUAGGAUGUUUUUAAUUAGAAUCUUAAACUUUGUAUUUUCAAAAAACAAGUCAAAAAUAGAGCACAGGGAAGUUGAAAUUGUAACGGUCUGGCAGUGGAAUGUCCCAGUGAUAUUAGCAAAUGUCGAUAAGCAAAGUAUGCCUUAUAUCACCUUGUGCACAUCGAGGGCAUCACUUCAUAGAGGACGAUACCAGCUGGCUAUUAAGAUGCACCACUAUUUAGUAUUUUGAAGCUGCUCAGACAAUGAUAACCUGACCGUAUCAUUAGAUAUUAACUACAGCACUAAUUCUAAUCCUAAGGGGAUUAGAAUUGUAGGUAAUGAAAUGGAAUUUACAGUUGCAGAGUACUGCAGUAUGCAGUUUUUACAGACUUUCUGAAUGGAUGUUAGUCCUCAGUUAGGAUUGUGCAAAAAAAAAAAAAAAAAAAAUCCUAAGCCUCAAAAAAGCUGGUUGUGAGUCAGAAUUUCCAGGAGGGACUCUAAUGAUUUUCAGGGCAUUAUAAACUGGUUGUGCAAAAGUGACAUAAUUGUUGUGCUACUCUCCUAGGUCAGGUUGAAAUGAGAGGGUGUUCCUCUGGGAUGGGAGAGAACUGCAAGCUGUCACACUUCAUUACUGCAGGAUUAGAAGGAUUAGCUGUUUUGGUGCCCAGUGCCACAGUGAUCUCCAUUGGGCACCCCUUGAUUUCUGUGGUGUUGUGGGCAUAUGGAAGUCAUUUUCAGAUCAGGGCCUUAAUAACCAGAAAUCUCUUUCAAGUGGCUAAUUUCAAGUGGCUCUGAAUUUCGGGUACAGAGCAAAAAUAUAUAUAUAUGACAAAAAAAAGUCCUAGGUAGUAGAUUGUAAGAGAACAUUUCAGUAACUAAUGUUACCCAGCAAAUAGGAAGGUUAAUGUCUUCAAAACAUAUCAUUUCUUCAUACAGCUAUCUUCUUUGCAAAGAACAGAUGUUUCUGUGAUUUUUUUUAAGAUGUACAAAGUAAAAAUGAUUUUUUAAUGAGCUGUUUAUACUUAGAUUACAAAGGUUAAAUAAUUUAAACUGUGUAUUAUUUUUAACUGUAUUUAUUAAAGCUGUAGGCACAUGUCUUGUUCUAAACUAUGUUGUAAGUUUUGUGAAACAAUGCUGUAGCCUUUAUACUUGAUUAACAAAAACAGCAUUCUCUAAAGUAGUCCUGCCACACACGUGGAGGAACGUCUCAUGAGCUGCUGGUGUUAGAUGCCAUGUCUUGGCACAAUAGUGAAUUUCCUGGACUGUUUUGUAAUUUUGUAGUCUUUGAGCAGUUACUUCACUGGUUUGGUUCAGCAUGUGCUUUAUGCUUGACUGGAACAAUAGGUGUUCAUUGUUCUGUGUUUUGCUGCACAGUGAUACAGGGAAUACCUUCAGCCACGCAAAGACUUAAGGCAUGUACCAAAGUCCUCACAAAUGAGUGCUCUACAUAAGCUCUGAACCUGCAGUUACUUAGAUGAACAGUUCACUUCACACUGUACGAGUAAACCUGUUGAGAUCAGUGGGAAUACUUGACAUGCAAAAAGUGACUUGCAUUCAUAAUUUUAUUCUGCGUUUGGACUUUGGGCUGUAAUUUAAUGCAACAGAGUUCUGCAGCAGUAUUGCUUGAAGGCAUUUCUGUCCCAGUGCCAUGGCACAGCACCCCUCCGUUGGCCAGUCUGACUGUCGGUGGGACCAUUUACUCGAUCAGGGGGCUAGUCUAGCCCAUGAUGGGGAAAAAUAACACUGCAGUCCCAAAGCAGCUAUGCUGGCACAACGCCAAGGGCUGUGUGAAGAGGGAGGGAGGGAGAGAUGGAGGACGACUUUAGCUGAAGAUGCCAAUCCCUCUUCCCCCAAAAAAGGUAUAUAGAAUUAUACACUCACUUAUCAAAACAAUGAGUGUUCUUAAACUCAACUUUGUUGAGAUUUUGUGAGUCUGUUCCCCAUGGGCUGAAGUCUUAGGUUAAAAUGCUUUUAGUUAUAUUUAACAGUUUUGUGUUGUCGAGAUGUUUAAUUGUUUUACGUGUUUUAGUUGUUGGGGCUGAUGCUGUUUAUUUAUUUAUUUAUUUGAAAAGCUUUUGCACCGCAUUGACUCAGAUAUGGGAUGAUGGUGAUGUCAGAGGUGCUCGGCUGAGUCUUCCUUCCACUGAUUGCAAGAAGAAAUUAGGAGUCUUAGCAUGCCAGUUUCUCCUUCCUUGCUAAUAUGCAGCAUUUUGGUUCCUUCCAGUUGCAGAUUUUUGGACAAAAAAUAUAAAGAUUGCUUUUCUGUCAUAACAACCUGAAAGAUCUCCCAAGUUCUGAACAAUCUGUAUGUUUUGCUAGAAUUGGGUGUCAAUAUUCAUUAGUCCGGAAAUGAACAAGACUGACAAAACUCUGUAUAUAGAAAUGUGAGUGGCCAGUAGGUAGCGCUGAAUCUAAAUAUGACUGCAGGUUUGUUAGUUUUUAAUGCUGGUUAUUGUGAAUUUUAUCUGUUUCCCUCCCGUGUUGAAUAAAAAUUAUUCUACUUUAAAAUUAGAAAUAUUGAUUACUUCAUCUUUUGCAUCUCCAUGAAGAACUGUAUCAUUUCUUGUUUGUGAAGGAUAGACAUAUCCACAGGGGCAGGGCUCAUAUCCCUUGUAAGAGUAAUUGAAAAGUUUAUUUUAGGAGAACAAAUUGAGAGUCUUUUAUUUUGAAAAACAAAGCCCUUCUCAACUGAACGUGUAAUUUUUUUGUUCCAUGAUCUUGAGGGUUGUAUAACAUCAUUGUUCUCAAUCAGUUACUUCAGAUGAGGAUGUUCUGCCUCCUUAUUUUGGUUGAGUAGGAAGGAGGACACUCAGGAAAGUCAGAGGUGAGUCUAGCUUCUGCAGCUUAGCUUUAGAGGUGGUCUUUCUGUUUUCUGCUUUGCUUUCCUCUUCAAUUUAUAUGGAAUUUAAACUGAAAAGCUUCAUCUUUUCUCUCUACCUCAAAUCAUUUUGAGCAUUUAUGACCUUGAUUCCUCCAUGUUUAAUGUGGUUUGUGUGACUCUACCAGAGAUAUAGUGGAGUCCAAAACCACAGAUGCACUAGGAAGAGGAGAAACUACUUGGAAGGAAAAAAAAAAAUCUGGUUAGAAGAAGAUAUUUGGGUGCCUCUGGCAGGAUUUCUGAUCAACAUGCGUGCCCUGGCUGUUGCGAGGCACAUUGCAGAGGAGGCUUAUCUCUGCUGUGUGUAGCCGAGGUCUGUGGAGUAGGAAAAGAAGAGGACAACUAGGUAUCCAAGAAGGUGUUGUCAUAUUUGUCAGUUUGAGACUUCCUUUGCGGUUAGGUUAAACUGCUCAUGUGCUCUGUGCACGGAGAGACACCUUCUCCUGCAUUUUUAUCGGUUAAGAAAUUCCAGGAGGGAUUCUGCCAUCCACUUCUGAAGACGUGCAUGUGCUGUGCUUUUCUUGCAUAAAGUCAUGAGGAUGAUAAUGGCAAUCUUUCAUUUACGUUUAUGCCAAUAUUGCACUAUCUGGCUGACUAUUGAACUUCUGGCUGGCUUAAGUGUUUAGACUGGAGAAUCUAUUUGAUUGCUGCUAAUAGAUUUCUCUAAGGGGUUGAUAUGUGGAGUUGCUUAUAUGAGACGUCCUGCUCAAAAUUAGAUGAACAUAAUAUGCUGUAAAAGAAAUUGGAGGCUGAUUGCUCUUCAUAUGGAAUUAAUUUGAGAAAGAUUAGUUUUAAUCAGAUCUAGUUACUAAGCCCAGAAAGGGUACCAGUGAAAUUCUCUGGUCUGAAUUAAGUUUUAUGGUCUGUGUAUUAUAUAGGAGACUAGAUUAGAUUAUUUAAUUUCUCCAAGCCUUAAAGUUUAUCUACUAUGUUGUUCUUAUUGCUGAACUUUGUCACUUUGACCUUAGAGCAAAUCUAUUUUGAUGUUCUCUUUGCUAAACUAGAAAUGAAAUAAUAUGAGUUCUUCCUCCUGUCCCCUUGCUAAUUAUGCCGACUGUCAUGUCUAUGCAAUGACUGUAGGCACAGUGCUCCAUUAAUUGCAUUGGGAAUUUUGCAUCUUAAAUGCUCUGGGGCUUUGGUAACCUUGUGCUAUGUUUUCUGCCACACUGAGUUAGAAAUCUGUCUGUUAUCCUAAAAGCUGGGAAGGAGCUGGUUUAACUACUGUUACACUUCAGCUUCUUGUCCAGUAAUUUUGUUACGUGUCUUGCGUCUUCAGAGUUUAAUUAAAUUGUUUGCUGUAAAAUGAGAUGUUCUUCACCUCUUCAUUUCCCUUCUUAUGGUUGGUUUCCAAUUUGGAAUAAGGAGAAAAUUACUUAACAUCACCAGCUAAUGUUUUUUUCUUUUCUUUCCCUCUUUCUGCUGACAUAGUUUACCCAGUUAUCCUUCUGCUGCAGCAAAACUUCCACAUCUCUGUGAACUGUGAAUACAAGAACCAAACUUUCUGUAGACAUAUUUUAUGGAACUUGAUCGUCUCCUGCAUGGACAUAUAAGCUGUCAAAAAUGUGUUAAUAAAAGUCUCUCUUGA